UUCAUCUCGUAAUCUUUCUCCUUUUAUUAGUAUCUUCCUUGUAGUUCUGUUCUGUGUUUCUAUGCACCAACUUUCUAACCUGGUCCCCUGUUCAACUUCUGCCGUAUCCCUAAACCGCUCCCCUUUUCUGCAAUUUGAGUUGGAACUUUGAUAAUCUACUACCUAGUUUCAACGUCUCAUAUCCAAAAUGGAUUUUCUUUUGUUUUUGUUUUGUCUUAACUUGUUUAUUCACUUGUUUGACAAAUAUGUGAAAACCUUUUUGGUUAACCAGGGUUUCCGUGUAUAUGCAAGAUUCAGCGGCAGUCCUGAAUUCAAAAGCUAUAAUGAUCUUCGUUUGCAGUUAUUAUCUACGAAGAGGGAUCUUAAUAAUGUCAGUGCUCAAGAUGAAUUUGCGAAGUGGGCUCGUUUAAAUCGAAAGUUUGAUCAACUGAACGUGAAAUGGGAGAAGCAAUCAAAGAUCGUCAGCCAAAAGUCCGAAGGUGUAAAGAAACUUAUCAGCUUAACAUUCUGGAUUGUGACUCGGGGAUACCGCUUCAUCGUUCAAUUCAAGAAUUCUGGCAAUCCUGUGUUUGCUGUUCCUGAAGGCAUGUUGCCUACUUGGGCUUUGUGGUUCCUAGCCUUGCCUAAAGCGAAAACUGGUUAUGUGAGUGUUGCUGUCUGGAACUUUGCUUCACAAAAGGUAAUCAGUACUCUCUUGUAAGGAUGCUCAAAACGAAUCGGAAAUCUCUUGGUACAAAGGUAAUAUAUAGAAGCUAUGGGUUCUAACUACGUAUUUAAUUGCGCUUGUUCUUCCACAAUCAUUCGGAAAGUCAUCUUACAAAAGUGGCAUUCACACCUUUCCGAACACAUGUAUUACGGACAGCUUAAAAAAAAAAGAAUAUCCUCCCCCUUCUUAUUUCGUUGUGUGAGAUACAAUUAUAUAAAUAGUCUACUGAUCGUUUACUAUCUGAGAAUUAUUUGCACAUUCAUUAUAAGUACGGUCCUUCAUUUUCUUGCUUCAACUUGUCCAUAUAAUAAAAUUUGUGUUCGCCCUUUUUACAGA